UGGCGAAGGAAAAGGGUGGGUUUGAGGCAAGGAGUGCUGGGAAAGGCAGCUUCCUUUCCCACAAACCAGAAUCUGGGCAGUUGCGCUGUGUUUGCAUAGACUAAAGCUUCGGGGCGAAAACGUUUUUAAUUGUAAAAUAGGCAGGUCCGUGAGGAGUGUGACAUUUGGUGUUACCUACCUGGCAGACUAGCUCGAUUCACAGCCAAUCACUUAAUGGACGCGUGAGAAGAGCAGAAGAUUGUGCAGGGAAACACGGGCCCGCGGCCAGAGGUGGAACUCAUGCAGUAGAGACGGAACCAUGGAAUAUGCAGGGAGCAGAAAGUCCAGCCCCCAGCCACCUUUGGAUCCAGGAGAGAGUGAUGAGAGGGAUUCUGGGAUGCCCACUUUUAACCAAACCCACAUGAAGAAUGCGUUCCGUCUAAUGAAUGACCUGAGGAGUAAGAAGAUGCUUUGUGAUGUGCUGCUGGUGGCGGAGGAUGUUGAGGUUCCUGCUCACAAGGUGGUGUUGGCCUCUUGCAGCCCCUACUUCUGUGCCAUGUUUACAGGGGACAUGAGUGAGAGCAAAGCCCAGCGCGUAGAGAUCAGAGACGUGGAUGGCCAGACGCUACGGAAGCUGGUGGACUACAUCUACACAGCCGAGAUCGAGGUGACGGAGGACAACGUACAGGUGCUGCUGCCGGCUGCCAGUCUCCUGCAGCUGAUGGACGUGCGCCAGGCGUGCUGCGACUUCCUGCAGACGCAGCUCCACCCGACCAACUGCCUGGGCAUCCGCGCCUUCGCCGACCUGCACACCUGCACGCAGCUGCUCAGCCAAGCCCACGCCUACGCAGAACAGCACUUCUCAGAGGUGAUGCUGGGGGAGGAGUUCAUGGGCCUGUCCCUGCAGCAGGUGUGCAGCCUCAUCUCCAGCGACAAGCUCACGGUGUCCACCGAGGAGAAGGUGUUUGAGGCCAUGAUUUCGUGGAUAAAGCACGAUAAAGAAGCGCGUCUGGAGCACAUGCCAAAGCUGAUGGAGCACGUCCGGCUGCCCCUGCUUUCCAGGGAUUACCUGGUUCAGAUAGUGGAAGAGGAGGCGCUGAUCAAGAACAACAACACCUGCAAGGACUUUCUCAUCGAGGCCAUGAAGUACCACCUGCUGCCUGCGGACCAGCGGCACCUCAUAAAGACAGACAGGACGCGCCCACGCACACCCGUCAGCCUGCCCAAGGUGAUGAUUGUGGUGGGAGGACAGGCUCCUAAGGCCAUCCGCAGUGUGGAGUGCUAUGACUUCCAGGAGGACCGCUGGUACCAGGUGGCUGACCUGCCCUCGCGACGCUGCCGCGCAGGCGUGGUGUACAUGGCGGGGCGGGUCUACGCCGUGGGCGGGUUUAACGGCUCCCUGCGGGUGCGGACGGUGGACGUGUACGACGGGGUGCGGGACCAGUGGAGCUCCAUCCCCAGCAUGCAGGAGCGGCGCAGCACCCUGGGGGCGGCCGUGCUGGGAGACUUCCUGUACGCGGUGGGCGGGUUCGACGGCAGCACAGGCCUGUCCUCGGUGGAGGCCUACAACUACAAGACCAAUGAAUGGGUCUUUGUGGCCCCCAUGAACACACGGCGCAGCAGUGUGGGGGUCGGGGUGGUGGACGGGAAGCUGUACGCAGUGGGUGGAUAUGACGGGGCGUCCCGGCAGUGCCUCAGCACAGUGGAGGAGUACAACCCAGUCAGUAACCAGUGGGGCUACGUGGCCGACAUGAGCACCAGACGCAGUGGAGCAGGCGUUGGCGUGCUGAGUGGGCAGCUGUAUGCAGCAGGGGGGCAUGACGGCCCCCUGGUCAGGAAGAGCGUGGAGGUGUAUGACCCCCCGACUAACACCUGGAGGCAGGUGUCUGACAUGAACAUGUGCCGGAGGAACGCAGGUGUGUGUGCGAUUAACGGGCUGCUGUACGUGAUUGGUGGGGACGACGGCUCCUGCAACCUCUCGUCGGUGGAGUACUAUGACCCCUCCACAGACAAGUGGAGCCUUAUUCCCACCAACAUGAGCAAUGGGCGGAGCUAUGCGGGAGUAUCAGUCAUUGACAAGCCGUUAUGACUACACGCCCCAGGCAGCAGGGACCCAAGGCCACCCCAGAAUAGAGACUACGAAGGAAGCACAGAUGUCUAACUGGGCGUCAGCUUACAGCACCACACGGGCACUGUGGAAGACACCCGUGAAGGGGGCCUGAUUCAGCACGGGCCAGAGCUGAUGCAACGGUCAGCCAACAGAAACAGAAUGGAAGGGUGGAUCGCCUGGGCCAGGCUGACCUCAGCCUGAUAACAAAGCUGCCUGGUACAGAACUCAACAGUCACUGCCAAAAGACAGGGCGGAGAGUCAGGGGGGCCCUUUCUCUCCUCAGUACUGAUGUCAUUACGCAGCAGCGGUGUUAUGGUGCUGUGCUUCCCUGAGCACUUCAUAACUGAACAAAGAACAUGGAUAAACUGGAGCGGACCAGUACGCUGUAGUAGUUUUAAAAAAAUUAACUUAAGCUAAGCACACAAGGCUUGAUGGACCUGGAAACAAGACUGCAGCCUGCAGGAUCUGGAGUCAAACUGUGCCAACGGAGAUCAGCCCAGCUGGAGGGCUGUCUCUCUCUACCGCCACACUACUGAUCUGAAACGCACUGAAUCGUCUGUCCUCUGUAUUUCAACUCCUGAAGUGAAAGAACAGCGGAGCAGAACCACGGCUGUGGCACCCAGGCUUUCUGGCCUGUCUGUUGAGGCAGCCACAGCAUCGUCGGAGGACCAACCCAGACCAUCAUGCAAAGGGAUCCAGAGGAACUCGGGAGCCCUCCUAAUACUCAUGUACUUACAAAGGAUUGAAUUUGCUCGGUCAGGAGAUCACGCCUGGUGUUACACCAUGGUGACCCUGACUGCACAUUGCAGUCCGGUGUAUCCGCACUGUUUCAUACUCGACUCAAGGUCACAAGGACGAGCUUUCCAAGACAUGUUUACUCAGCCAUCAUCUCUGAAGGAGGGAACAGAACUACCGCCUCCAUGCAGCACUUUUCCAAAUCAUGCUUCUCCACACCAUGCUUAAUUUAAAGUUUCCAAUAUGUCGCUGGCAGUUUAUUCUGAUUUGACAGUAAUGUACCUCAUUAAAAUCCUGUGGUGCUCACCCAGGGUUUGUGAAGAGAAGGGUUGAUGCGUGCUUCCAAAGGAAUGGUUCCCAUUCACGGUGCAGGUGCCGUCUCUAGGUUUUUUAAAAAAGGCGUUGAUCUUCCUUUUGGGCAGCCAUUAGGUGAUAAUUUGGUUUAUGUUACGAAACCGGGGGUGACUUUAUCGUGAGGAUGGCUUUAAGUUAAUGAUAAGCUUAAGUUAUUUGAGUUUACAUAACAGUGGCAGGAUAUUUGAGUUGCACAAGUUCAGUCUGAGUGUUUUAGUUUGACCUUGUUAACCCAGCAAUGCACAGAUGCAGUGUUGCUGCACGCUUUUAGUUUGCCGUUGCUCUUUUACGCUCCAUGGCCAGUGACAUUUCGAAAUGAGCGCUUUCUUGACCCAAGUUUUGUCCGUUCUAAUUUUCUGAUCAUUGCUUCACAGUUCCACGUGCUAAAAAUUUAACUUACUCUCUGGAAAAAGACUGUUGAUUCUAAAAACGCAGAAGCCAUCAGCAUCAAUACAGAAUCCGUAUGCAUUGUAAGUAACAUUGCACCAAAACAAAAGCUGCUGAUGGACAUUUGUUCCAUGUACUCUGCAUUCAUAAAUCAAAGGUUUAUUGAACUUCCAGCUGGAGAUCAAACCUCAUGUAAUCCACCUUCUUCCACUUAACUGCUGUUCUGUUACAGUGCGAGUCUGUGGAAACAAACAUAUGAUGUUAGGCAAAGCCUGGAGUCAUGAAGACGCCUUUUUUAAAUGGCCCCCAGGCUGCAUCUCAGUGGAUAGUCAUAGCAGGAAUUUUCAAGGCUUCUCACUGCCCUGAUGCUCCUCCUCCAGCCUCUCGCCUCUGUCCUGGGCUGCAGUGGUGGAAUGUGGACCUGGAGUCCCGGACGUUUUCAUACCUGAAAACUCGCUCAGUGUUUCUUUGCUGAGAAAACCUCAACCCUUUCUGAAGACCUUUCCUCUUUUUACUCUCAUCGGCCCUUUAUUUACAAGCAGGGAGGCAUUGCAGGGUAUUGUGGCCUUUAAUAAAUAAUGGACAACCUUCCUAUUCUGAACAGAAUAUUAGAACAAUGAUGCAACAAGGACCUUGUGACCCAACAGGUGAAGA